AUGGAUUGGGAUGAUGAGUUGCCACUACAUCUGGCCCAGAAGUGGGCUCAAUUCCGUGAAGAACUAUCUCAAGUGGAACAACUCUCGAUCCCUCGUUGGCUGGGCUGUAGAAAGGAAUCUCAUUUGGAAAUCCAUGGCUUCUCUGAUGCGUCUCUACUAGCGAUGUCUGCGGUGGUUUAUUUGAAGGUGACGAGUGCGGAUGGUGUCAGCAUCUCUUUAGCUAUUGCUAAAACCAAGGUGGCUCCUCUCAAGAAGCUCACUAUUCCGCGUCUCGAGCUCAACGCCGCCGUCAUCCUAGCUAAGCUCACAAAGUACGUUAUGGAUCAGCUCAACCGUGGUACGGUGAUGGUACAUUUAUGGACGGACUCUGCUGUUGCUCUUGCGUGGAUUUGUGCUCAUCCUUCCAGAUGGAAGGAAUAUGUCCAUAAUAGAGUAGCAGUUAUUCAGGAACUCGUACAGGAAGCAAAUUGGAGGUAUGUCAGCGGAAAGGAGAAUCCUGCUGACUGCGCGUCUCGAGGCAUUUCAGUAGCUCAACUCAAUGCCCAUCAUUUGUGGUGGACGGGUCCGAAAUGGCUACAAAAGGAUUCUUCUCAGUGGCCAAAAGGGAGCGCAAAGUUGGACCCGUCAACAGAUCUCGAGGAGAAGCCUGGGGUGACUUUAACUGCUUCUCUCGCAAGGUCUAGUCUCUGGGGUCUCUGCUCGCGAUACUCAUCUCUCUACAAAUUGCUGCGGAUCACAGCAAUUUGUCAAAUAGUUACAGGGAACUUGAUGCGUAAACUCGAUAGGAAGAAGAACGUCGUUGUUCCGGCGGUGUUUAGCCCUGAAAGCAUGGAAGCAGCUCGACUUUAUUGGGUUAAGGCGACUCAAGCCUUUCAUCUCCAAGCCGAGUGUGACAUUAUCCCUCACGGAUUUCAGUUGAAAAGGUCUCAUCCGUUGACUAAGCUCACUGCUUUCAUCGACCAACAGAAAGUUCUCAGAGUGGGCGGACGUCUGAAGUUCUCAGCUCUAGCGCCAGAGAGUAGGCAUCAGGCGAGAAUCCCUUAA